CUCAGUAUUAUUUAUUCUUCCAAACCCUGGGCCCCGAGCAGUGCUACAGGAACACCACAGCUCGCGUCCCGUAAGAUGUCAGGUACAGAUGAGCACCGCACAGCCUGUGAGAAAGGCACCUUGGCGUUUGAGGCUGGUGCUCCAACACAGACACGUUGGAACUGCUACUCUUUUCUAUCGUGAAUCCCGAUGUCAGGCUCUGUAGUCAUGUUUUUGUACAUCUCUUACCUUAAAAAGUUAUUCCUGGGGUAUAACAGCAGCUGUGAGAAUCUCCCCCACCCCCAAAGAUUGCCAGUGCCCCACUAGUUUCAUUUUAGAACGCCAGCUCCUUUGUCAUUUCUACCUCUCAGGAACUCAGAAUCAAAACCCCCAACAAAACGUAGAUAGAUGCCUUCAUAAAUGCUAAUGGUAUUCUCCUUUCAGUCUCCAGAGUAGAGUUCGAUUUUGCUUUUAGAAUAAUAUUGCCCUCCUGUGGUCAAACAACAGUAACUCCGGGAACUAUUGCCAGAGGUCUGCAUGCUCGUCCUUCAAACAUGCUGACUUACUUUAUGUGCAGAUACAAUUCAGUGAAACACAAGUCUUCUCUCAGAUUACUUGCUCCCACUGUUCACCGUUACAGGUUUAGCCGUCUAACCUGAUUCACCCCUUCAUGCUGUGAUGGGAUCGGCUCAUCGGGAUGAUUCACCCAUGUUACUUUGAUACGGAGGCAGGAUUUUCACACCAGUGUCUGGGGACUCUCAACACAAGACACCUUUGUUGCUUCUGAGGCCUCGGGGUCAGCUGCACGAUUGCAGGUACCACCAUAACCUGCACAAUACAAACAGACCUGUGCUUGCUCAGGUGAGUGCUUGUGAAUUUUAGAGAGAUGCUUCUGGAAACAACACUGCUCAGGCUACAUUCCCCAUCAAAGGCAAAGAGAUGCUGUUGACACCUUCCUGCACCUGAAACGCUUGGGAUGUGUGAUUGCGUUGGCCUGCAGCAAGCGCAAUUGCUCCAGCUUCAAGAAAACCACAAGCCCAUGAUGCAAACCCUUGAACAACCCUCUAACCACAGCACCUGGAAUGGCUCAGCUCUGCCCAGCGAUGGCAGGCCUGGCUCCUAGAAGGGAAUAUUUUUCUGGCUUUCAGAUACAUGCCAUGGAGCAAGGUGCUGGUUCAUUUUUCUCACUGCAUGGGCAUGGCCAGCUCAUUUGUUCACCGUUUUCUUUCCCCAGUGUGACUCCAAGUUUAUGGCUCAGACUGCACCCCCCUGUGUCCAUGCUUUUGGUCUCAUGCCACCAUCCAAUUUACCUGGCAGCUUACCACAUUUCUGCCCCCAGUGCUGAUCGUUUCUGUCUCCUUCUGGCUUUGGCUCCUUGCCUGCAGAAUUGCUUUAAUUAAAAAGUUAAUGAAAGGUAAUGCAAACGAGCACUUUGCCUGUAUUUUAUCAGAGUCCAGCUCCUCUCCCUCCCUCUUUCCCAGAGAAAGUGAAAAUGAGGAGCUGGGGGUUUGCUGCUUUUUGUGGUGAGUUAACAGUGCAGGCUUAGGAGGAGCCCUAUGAAGAACGAUUUCUAAUGGUAAUGCAUGCAAGCAAGUAUGUAGAUGGAGAACAUUAUUCAUCAAUGAAAGCUGAAGAAGUUUCCAUUUAAAGGGGAUUAAUCUAAAUCCCUUAUAGUAUUCCUGCUCUCUUUGGAACAGGCAAUUCUCAGCAUCAUUUUUCUCCCAACUUUUCAAAAGACUAUCUAUACCCAAACUCCAAAUUAUUCUGAGCAGGGACAAAGGGAAGGUAUAAACCUGAGUGCCACUGGUGCCUAUAGUAUGCCACGUUCUAUCCAUAUAGAAGAGGACUCAUUCAUCCCUAUGUGAUUUCCCUGAGAAACCAGGGAACAAAUAUUAGUGCGUGAAGGCACAGGAGCCACAUCAUGAGCCCCUUCUCCCAGCCCAGAUUCUUCCCAUCCAGCAGUGGGAAGAGGAAAAUGCAGGGAUGUGAGGAUGUAAUUUCUCCAUGUGCAAUACAGAGCAGCUAACCAGCAAUAACAUAAAUUCUAGACUCACUAUCCUGGAGGUAGCUCAAGAGCUGCCAUUUGGGUUAUCUUUCUUUCCAAGGCUGCCUGUGCUUUGGUGUGGGGUGAUGUUCAGUUCCCUUGAUUUUUGUUUUUAAAGCCCUAGAGAAAUGACUAGGAGUUUUAAUUUUUGUUAAUAUCUACAGUGGAUUUCAUAGCACUGAUUUAUAGCUGGUCCCUGGUGAUGUUCAGUACCCAGUGCCUGAGACUGUAUAAAUAAAUUACAUAAAAAUGGAUUUGUGGCAUCAUUAGCAGCACCCCCAUUCCAAGGGGAGCCUCCAGUGAGCCUGUGUGUCUAAUCAAAGCUGACAAGGAGCAGAGUUACACACUGAGACCUCCAGAGCUAAUGGGCCUGUGCCAGAUUCAGCUCCCUGUUGUGUUGGUGUAAAGUCAGGUAACUUCUGACUGCAAGGGGGUUUUACACCAGAUUUACUCUACGUUUACACCCAUGCACCAUGAUCAGCAUCAGGCAGCAUGCUGUAAAAUCCUUAAGAGCAAUAGAAAGACGCAUGCUGACUUCAACAGGCUCUGGAUCAGGCCUUGAUGGUUAAAAUAUAAUCUGAGUUCAGAGUGCAGAAAAGAAAUUACAUGCCUGCUAUUGUAGUGAAACGCUUUCCAGAGCAAGCAUUAGCAGUACGCACACGAGUGCCAGAUGAAUUAAGCUGGCAUUUCUUUUUCUCAGCUCCAGAGGGGAGGAUUGCUUUUAAACAACUCACGCCUGCUGUGUCGUGUCUGGAGUCGGAGCUGAGCGGAGCCACCGGCAGGGCACGUGUGACAGGAGCCGCAGUUGCAGGUUGGAGGGUGUCAGCGGCCCCAGCUCUUAAAGCCUCGCCAGCAUUGGCAGAACGUGUCGUGUCCAAGCCUACCUCACUGAGCAGAUUGACUCACCCUGGCCACCUGUGCACCAUGUCCCUCCGUGAGCAUGCACUGACCCUCUUCUGCAGUGCAGUGGGCACUGUCCGGCCGGCUCCGAUGCUGAAGAGGGCUCUGAAGCUCCAGCAAGAUGGGUGCCCUCAGCUGCUGGUGAAGGGCAGGGCCUUCCCAGUGAAGAGGAACCUGUACCUGGUAGGUUUUGGCAAAGCUGUGCUGGGGAUGGCUGCGGCAGCAGAAGAGAUCCUGGGAGAUCACCUCGUUCGGGGGAUCAUCAAUGUGCCACUGGGCAUCCAGGAGAGUCUGCAGCGAGCAGGAAUGCAAGAGAUGCUGCUGAAGCCACACAGCAAAAUCCAGGUCAUCGAAGGUGCCAAGAACAACCUCCCGGACGCAGAGGCUCUGAAGGGAGCACUUGCCAUCCAGGAACUGGCAGAGGGUCUGGCUGCAGAUGACCUGCUCCUUGUGCUCAUCUCAGGGGGUGGGUCAGCCCUACUGCCUGCUCCCAUCCCUCCCAUCCUCCUCAAAGAGAAGGAGAAACUCACAAAGAUGCUGGCUUCCCGAGGAGCUGCCAUACAAGAGCUGAACAUUGUCCGGAAGACUCUGUCCUUGCUGAAGGGUGGAGGGCUUGCCCGGCUCUCAUAUCCUGCACAGGUGGUGAGCCUCAUCCUUUCUGAUGUGAUCGGUGACCCCCUGGACAUCAUAGCAAGCGGCCCCACUGCUGCCAGCUCCCACACUGUCCAAGACUGCCUUCAGAUACUCACCAAAUACAACGUGCUGCACAGUCUGCCCAGGUCAGUGGAAGCGGUCCUGUCCAGCUCUCCCACCAAGCCCACUGCUCCAGAAGACUUCUCCCACGUUUGCAACUUCAUCAUCGGGUCAAACAGGCUGGCUCUAGACGAGGCCAAACGCCAAGCUGAGGGCCUGGGCUACACCACACUGGUUCUGAGCGCAGCAGUCUGCGGGGACGUUGGCCGCGUUGCCACGCUGUACUGCCAGCUCAUCCAGCUGCUCUGCCUGGGCUGUGCCGGCCUCGGAGAAGGGCCCCAGAGUGAUGAGGUGAGGAGGGAUCUCCUGCAGCUGGUGGCAGAGCUCCAGAUCCCAGGUCUGAACCUUGCUGAAUUUCUACAGGCCCUGCGAGGAUUAGGGUCUAAAACACCAGUGUGCAUCCUGGCCGGCGGAGAAACCACAGUCCAGCUCCAAGGAACCGGCAAGGGAGGGAGGAACCAGGAGCUGGUCCUGCGCGUGGGGCUGGGGCUGCACAAGGCACGGGCCGUGGAAGCCAGGAGCUCCCCAGGGAGCUGUGAGAUCUUCUUCCUCAGCGGUGGAACGGACGGGCAGGACGGGCCGACGGAGGCAGCCGGAGCUUUCUGCACCCCAGAGCUGGUGACUGAGGCAUCGCAGGAGGGCCUUGAUGUGGAGGCUUUCCUUAGCAGCAACGACUCCUAUGCCUUCUUCAGCCAGUUCCAAGGUGGACAUCACCUCCUGGUGACAGGAUUGACAGGCACCAAUGUCAUGGACAUCCAGGCCAUUUUAAUUAGAGCCAUGGAAUGAUCCUGAGAGGUCCCUCUGCAGCUAUCCAGAUGCAUUUAAUUAGGACCCGGGGUAAAGGAAGGCAUCAACACUGCAGACAAAUGUAAACUACUUAAAUUAGGGCUUGCUUUUGAGGGUGCUACUGUCUUUGACAGAAAUAGUCCACUAAUUAGACACAGGAGUGGACAUCCACAGCAAAAGCAAGCACUUGUAAUUAGAAUCAGAGGGAGAUAAGAGGUCACAUUACAGACGUAGAGGCCGGAUUUAACACUACUGCUGAGAGCCACCACACUUGUGACUGCUUCAACUGUAGUUAAAUGAUGUGAGGAAAUGAAGGCCAUGGUAGGGCUGCCAGGGAGAGCCCUCACAGCGGCUGUUGCACCUCAAGAGCAGCUCAGCAGCGGGCUUAUGCAGUUUCACAGGAGUGCGUUACAGAGACCAAAAGAUGUAAAAGCAGUGGCAAAGCCUGCCCAGCUCAAGGCAAGGAGGUGCUGGGGAACAUGGUGGGAAGGGGACACCCAGCACCCACUCCAGUGCGCUGCAGCUUCUCCCACACCAGCAUACCUCAGCAGAGACCUCAAGCCCAGCAUGAUGCACACCAGUGUAGCUAAGGGGCACAUUGGCAGAGAAGUGCUUGGUGCCGGACCCAUGACACAAGCAGUGCCCAGGACAGUGACAGAGGGUGGUCUACCUUCACUGUGCAGCAUAAGGAUGGGGAUGGCUGAUUUGCAGCAGCAAGCCAGCUGAGUGGGGUCCUCCUCUUCCAGCCUCCUUCCCUCUGCAGGAACAUCAUCCCUGCUGAUCCCUGGUGGGAGUUUCCGUGCCAGCAGCAUGUGUGCUGUGAGCUUCCACGGUGUUGUUUUCCAACUGCCUAGAAAACAGUCAUGCACCCAGUCUGAGCCACUGACCUUUCUCCUGUGCCGAGGCAGAAGUCGCUGUCACUCUGAUUAACUCUGCUAAUUCCACAGAACAAAAGGCAAGGAAACCUUCAUGCUCAGCUCUCCUGACCCAUGCUGCUGAGCUGAUCAAAGGGCAAAGCUGCUGGAGCUGUGCUCUGACAGGGAGCCGCUCCCCCGCAUGUAUGAGGAUGAGGUGUUUAUCACAGUUCCAUCACCUACUGCAGCACAUAUGUGGGAGAGCAGAGAUGAGCUGGGUUUCCCAGGACAUGGAGCCUGCAGUGGGACGGGAUUUCAGAAGGGUUCUGCCUGUAGCAACAGGCACGGGGAUGGUUUUGGCUGGAUAUUCAAAGGACUUCAGCCCAGCAGCCGGUAUGACCCAACAUGUCCGACUGAAUGUCUGCCUGAUUGUUACAGAGCCUAAGUAGAAGCUGAGCUCCUUUGAAAAUCCAGCCCUAAUUUAAUAGGACACGCUUGACUCAGACUCUUUCCAGACUCUCUGUGGCUGAUCUCAUCUCGUGACAUAAAAACACUGUUGCACCAACAUCGUGAGUCGUGGUGUCUCACUGCAGUCGUUCUGCGCCCUGCUCCAAGAUGGAUCAGAGGGUGGAUUUGGGAAGGAUGCAACACCUCCUGCUUUGGUUUUGAAGCCAGUCUCCAACAAGUAGGGAUAUCAGCAGGACCACCAUGGGGCCUGGUAUCAAUGCCAGGCUGGCAGCUGGACUGUCUGGGCCACAGCCCAGAGGCAGUGUCAAGGCACAGGCCUGGAGAUUUCAAAACCCCGGUCUUAUCCCGGUGGGUUAAACUCAUCCACACGUCUCAUUUGUCCUGUGAGUCUGCAGGUCUUCUGUAACAUGCCUGAACUUGCUCAUGCUGGCAAACAGCUUUGAGAUCUGCUGGGGAAAGCCUGCCAAGUGUUAUAGAGCUCACAGUGCCCCUGCGAUGUCAGGUGGUGGUUGCACAGGAGAAGGUGCUUUGUGCUGUGUGUUUUAGUCCAGAGGUUGCUGGCAGGUCACCUCCUCCAUGCCCAGCAUGCCAGCACUGUGGGGCACUAACAUGUGCACUGAUACAGCAAAAAAACACUAGCUGCAGCCAGGAUAACAGGCUAAAGCUGGCUCCAAAAUGUUGUUAAUGCUUCCUGUCCAGUUCUGCUCCAGUGAAGUCCAGUGUGACUCCAGUUUUGGGCUGGCAUGCCUGGCGCAAGGGUCGCUGGCAUCUCCAGCCAGCCUAGGUACACUGCCACAGGGGCACCAUACCCUGUGCUCUGCACCCUGCCUCAUUGCUGAGCACUGUGCUAGUCCUUGGAGCUGCUGCUUGUGCUGCAUCUCUUGUCAAGUCCGUAAGACCUUGGGCUCCCAUUUGCUGGCUUCUCCUGGGAAAUGCCUACCACAUGUACCCUGUCCUUCCCUUCAGAACAGUGGCUUUUCACUAGUGAUUAAAAGGAGUUUGUGCUGGGGAGGAAGGCAGGCUAAUAAGAGGUUUGUUGAAAGGA